CGUCCAUGAUACUAAGAGAGAUGGAGGUCUGCAAGGUCCGACGGGUUCAGAACUGUCAGAAAUACAAGUAAAGUUGGAGGUUGCCACCGUGAUGUGUCAUGAGCCUUUGAGUCAAGCUUCUUCCAGUAUUUCUCCUCUUUCUGAAGCGGUCACAGGGCAGGAACCCCAUCAGUGCCUCUCACUUCUGCCAGAGGUGAUGCUGAAGAAUGAAGAUAUUGAUGAUACAGAUACACAGUCAUCAAUCACAGUUAAGUCAGAGCUGUGUGAUAAUCAGGCCAGUGAAUCAAACUCAUCUGCAGUGCAGUCUGGCAGCGAUUGUGAUGUUGAACUUAAACUAACUGAACAAGACCCGUUAUCUCUUCAACUUGAACUUGAAACCUUUGAAGAGGUGUUACAAAAGGCAAGGCGAAAACACCAGAAUGCAUUAUGCAGGAUAUGCGGCAAGUCUUUCAGGAACAAUGGACGUUUGCAGAAUCACAUGGUAGUACACCAAAAUGAGAGACCUUUUUGCUGUGGUUCAUGUGGCAGUCGUUUUAAAACAAAAUCCAGCUUGAAAGAACAUGAGAGACUUCAUACAGAAGGACAAGCAGAGGAUCGGUCAGUAGAACCACUGGACUCACAGCUCUCCCAUGUGGAAAUAAUUCUACAACCAGACAGUGUGUAUGUGGACACAAACCCACAGCACUCUACUAAAUUAAGUCUUUCUGAUCAGAGCCCCAGGAAAUUUCACAAGAUAUGUGACAGGCCAUUCAAACGUCAUCAGAGCAUGAAAAACUACAUGCAUUUGUCAGAAAGUGAUCGAAAAUACCCCUGUGCAGUCUGUGGUAGAAGAUUCUAUAAGAGAUGUCAUCUCAUAGAGCAUUUAAGAAUUCACACCGGUGAAAAACCAUUUGGGUGCAAUAAAUGUGGAAAGUGGUUUGUUCAAUGGAAUCAGGUAAAGGCUCAUAUAAUUAAGCAUCAUGAAGGAGAUAUGUCACAGAUAUCAAAGAAAAAAGCCUAAAUUUGUAAAACUGGUUUUAUCAUCACCAAAGAAUGUAGAAUAAUGUUAGUUGUGAAUUUCAAAUGUACAUUUCUAAAUAUAUUUGUGUUUGCCACAAAGUGAAAAAAAUACUCCUGUUAAUUUUCCUGGUAGAAGAUUCUAUAAGAGAUGUCAUCUCAUAGAACAUUAAAGAUUUCACACCGGUGAAAAACCA